CCUUCAAAGUUCGUAAUUUUCAGGGUGUGGUUCAGCGACUCAAAAACUUCAGUGGAGAUUCCAGCAAUUUACCCAUUAAAUGUUAUAAUUCUUUGCCUCCGCUGCAAGGCAACUCGCUAGCUAGCAACUGAAAACUCAAAAGAGCAGAAGGUCAGAAACUCGCUUUGAUAAUUGGACUUUGGAUACUCUCUGAAUCUAAAAAUUAUGGACGAAGACGCUGCCCGUCGCCGGACCGUCAUUGCUGAGUAUCGGAAAAAGCUUCUACAGCACAAGGAGCUCGAUGCCAGAGUAAGAGCAGUGAGGGAGAAUUUACGUUCUGCAAAGAAGGAAUUUGCUAAGACUGAAGAUGAUUUGAAGUCACUCCAGAGCGUUGGACAGAUCAUUGGUGAAGUUCUGAGGCCCCUUGAUAAUGAGCGAUUGAUAGUUAAAGCAAGUAGUGGUCCAAGGUACGUUGUUGGAUGUCGCAAUAAAGUAGAUAAGGAAAAGCUGGCAGCAGGAACUAGAGUGGUUCUCGAUAUGACAACCCUCACAAUAAUGCGAGCCCUUCCACGUGAAGUUGAUCCAGUUGUUUACAACAUGCUUCAUGAAGAUCCUGGUAAUGUUAGCUACUCCGCUGUAGGUGGAUUAUCUGAUCAAAUUCGGGAACUCAGGGAAUCUAUUGAGUUGCCUCUUUUGAAUCCUGAACUCUUUCUUAGAGUAGGGAUCAAACCCCCAAAGGGUGUUCUUCUGUAUGGACCUCCUGGAACAGGCAAAACGCUGUUAGCCAGAGCGAUUGCAAGUAACAUAGAUGCAAAUUUCUUGAAGGUUGUAUCAAGUGCUAUAAUUGAUAAAUAUAUUGGAGAAAGUGCAAGAUUGAUAAGAGAGAUGUUUGGGUAUGCACGUGAUCACCAGCCUUGCAUAAUAUUUAUGGAUGAAAUUGAUGCCAUUGGCGGGCGGCGAUUUAGUGAGGGAACAAGUGCAGAUCGUGAGAUACAGAGAACAUUGAUGGAGCUACUGAAUCAGCUUGAUGGUUUUGAUCAGCUUGGGAAAGUCAAAAUGAUUAUGGCAACAAAUCGACCUGAUGUCCUGGAUCCUGCACUUCUUCGUCCAGGUCGCCUAGACAGAAAAAUUGAGAUCCCAUUGCCUAAUGAGCAAUCAAGAAUGGAGAUCCUAAAAAUUCAUGCCGCUGGAAUUGCAAAGCAUGGAGAAAUUGACUAUGAGGCAGUGGUAAAACUUGCAGAGGGAUUUAAUGGAGCCGAUCUUCGAAAUGUUUGCACUGAAGCAGGGAUGUCUGCAAUCCGUGCUGAACGUGAUUAUGUCAUCCAUGAAGAUUUUAUGAAGGCUGUCCGCAAACUGAACGAUGCCAAGAAACUUGAAUCAAGUGCUCAUUACAAUGCUGAUUUUGGAAAGGAUUGAUGAUGAAUCGGAAGAUACACUCUGCGUCAAACCGGGCAGUGCAUUCAUAGUUUGUUAUGUAUUUCUUUCAUCCGACAAGAAUUUCAAAAUCUAUUGUAUUGAUCUUGUAACCAUGUUCUUUGGCGGCAGCUCCAACAAAGAGUUAUCUUUUGCCAAAGAUGAAGCAGGGCGAAGUGCUCCAUUCUCUAUAAUCUGUACCAAUUAAUAUCCGAUGUGGAUAAUGGAGUUGGGACAAGUACCAGUCUACUACCCCUCACGAGUCACGACACAUUGCCUGGUUGUGGCCGGAGAAGAGGUUUGUUUUCCAGGAAGUGGGGGAGGGUAAGUUGGUAGGUCUUACGGAAAAGAAAUAAAUUUGCAUUCAUUUUUUGGUAUUAAUAGAUUCCAUGAAAAAGAACAAUUCCCAAGCGGUUCAUUUAUUUGGUGAACCGUGAAGUAAUAUUCUCUUAGAAGUUGGGUAAAUUAUUUGUGUGCCGAAAAUCACUAAUAUGUAAUGGGAUAAUAUUAUCCCUUCAAUAAUGUCAUUUUUUUUUUAUACCGGAUAAAUGUAUUUACUCAGAUAAGUUAUUUAUCGAAAUUCCAAGGAGACCUAUAUAUGGAUCUUA